AUGGUUUGGUAUGUGUUUACUGAAGGCCGAGCUGUUUGUAUUUUUAACCCAAUCACCAAGGAAUAUGUUCUGCUUCCCAAAAUGAAAGAGUAUAAUUGGUAUACUAGUUAUGGAACUAGCAGCUUUGGUUAUGCUGCUUCAACAGAUGAGUACAAAGUUGUCCUAGGAAUAUAUGUUCUGAAGCCUAUUACUAUACAAGUCCACAUUUACACUCUCGGCAGUGGCAAUGGGUGGAGGUGCCUUGAAAACUUAAAUUCUAAGUAUAAUGCGUAUAAUUGGGAUGAACCUAUCUUUGUUAAUGGAGCUCUUUAUUGGGUGAACCUUAAAUUUGAAAGGAUUAUCACCUUCAAUUUAGCUGAGGAAACUUUUUGUGAAGAUCUUUUACUACCUCCGUUGCCACCAGACAACAGAUCUUUUACUACCUCUUUUGCCAUUAGUCUGGAUAUCGAAGGAGCCAAAUAUUUUGAUAUUUGGCUAUUCAAAAAGAAGGAUGAUAAUUAUGACAAGAUAGGGGGAGAAGAAUAUCAGUGGUUGGGUUGGAGUAAAGGGGUUAGGAUUGACAGAAGCAGAUUCUUAGCCAUUACGAAGAGUGAUGAUGUGUUGACUUACGAUGUUAACUAUCUCAACAUUUACGAUACAAAAACUUCUGCCUCGAAAAGCCUAUGA